AUGGCAUCCCAAGCGCCAAUGGGCAAUAGUCAGAUGAGCUACAAAGUAGCUGGCACGCUGAUCGGAUCCUACAAAAUCCAAAGUGGUGAUACAUUCAGUGGUAUUGCUUCGCGUGAGGGUUUCGAUCUCAAUGCCGUGCUGGCUGCCAACCCAGACAUCGAGGCCAAUGACCUGGAAGUCGGACAAGUUAUCAACUUGCCGAUCAAAACAUUGGCACUGGUGUUCAACCUCAGUGACGUCGCGCGUAUCCUCGGCACAUCUGUUCAAGAUCUUCAUUCCGACAAUCCAGGCAUGUCCUCCGAAAUUUCUAUCAACAAGGUAAUCAAGGGUCCUAGCCCCUUGUCGAGAGGCGAGCAAGUCAUGGCUCAGCAACUCGCCGCAAGUCUCCCAGGUGGCAGCGGCGGUGGGAAUGGAGGCGGCGGCUAUGCCAACUACAGUGGACCCGCCUCAAGCUUCCCGCACACUUCGCAGUGGGCCUCAUAUUCUGCGCUCUGGAAUAGCAACUCCAAGUUAAUGAAAUACCAUGACUCCGAUGCCGAAAUCGCCGACAUCAAGACCGCUAUCGAAACUGUCGCCCGCGAAUCCCAAGUCGACGUCCGCGUCGUCCUCUGCACCAUCAUGCAGGAGUCCGGUGGGAAUGUGCGUGUCCGCACCACGGUCUCGCCAGACGGUACCGUUCGAAAUCCGGGGAUAAUGCAAUCUCACAACGGCGCGGAGUUCAAUCCUCUACAUGCCGCGCAGAGUAUACUGCAGAUGGUCAGGGAUGGAAUUGAGGGGACCAAGUCCGGAGAUGGACUGAAGCAGUGUUUCCACCAUCAGGGAAACUGGUACGCGGCGUUGAGAGAGUACAAUUCGGGCAGGGUCAACGUGAAUGAUCUCAAUGAUGGGAUGGGCGCGACGGGCAGUUAUGUCAGGGAUGUGGCGAACCGGUUGAUGGGACACGUUUGGAACAAUAUGUAG